AUGUCUUGUCAUGCUGGCUCUGGAUGGGAUCAAACAAACUACAGCUCCUAUUCAGAGAUUUGGCCUCAAAAUGCAGGCCAGUCAUAUACGGGCAGCAGUGCUUGCUGUCCUAUAGGCAUUGGAAUAUGUUAUGGAGGAGCAGGGGGCUUUAGCAGUAGGAGCGUCGGCUCCUGGGAACCAAGGCUUGACAGCAGCUUCCCUGCAAACGGGCAUCACAGUGGUGUCGGCGUCACACAUAGCUGCUGUGGCGCUGAAUAUAGCUACAGGCAUGCUGGAGCUGUUGCUCCUGGUCCAAUGCGCAUUGUGCCGGUGACUUGCAACGAGUCGCUGCUGCAGCCUCUCGACCUGAAGAUCGACACCAUGGCCUUAGCGGUUAAGUGCCAGGCAAAGAAUGAGCUCCAGAGCCUCAAUAGCAAACUGGCCGCUUUCAUUGACAAGGUCCGAUUACUGGAGCAACAAAAUGUGAUGCUGAAGACCAAGUGGGACUUCAUACAAGAAAAGAAACGUUACAAAAGUAAGGUGGAGCCCCUCUUCAACGAACACAUCUCCAUGCUGAAGAAGGAGAUGGAAUGUCUCGAAUUGGACAAAACCAAGAUGAAGGCUGAACGUAACUCUUUAGAACAAGCCAUGGAAGGUCAUAAAAGGAGGUAUGAGGAGGAAUGUAAUAAGCGGACGUCCACUGAGAAUGAGUUUGUAGUACUUAAAAAGGAUUUGGAUUGUGCUUUUACACACAAGGCAGAGCUGGAAGCCAAGGUGGAAAGUCACAUCAAACAAAUCAGCUUCUUGAAAUGUAUAUACGAACAGGAAACUUGUGAGCUCCAGGAUUCUAUUUCCAGCACGUGUGUCAUGGUGCAAAUGGACAAUAGCCGAGGCUUGGACAUGGGUCACACCAUUGAGAAGUUCCGGCAGCAGUACGAAGGCAUUGCAUCCAAAAGCCGCGCUGAGGCUGAGGCUUGGUUCCAGUGCCAGUAUCAAGAGCUCAAGACAAUGGCAGCCAAACACUGUGACAGUCUGCGUAAUGUCAAAGAAGAGCUUCAGGCUCUGACCCGUGUUGCUCACACACUGGAGUCAGAAAUUGCAAGUAUUAAAGCUCAGCGCUGCAAACUGGAAGAGGAGGUAGCUGCUGCUGAGGAGCGUGGGGAGAUGGCAGUGAAAGAUGCCAAAUGCAAGCUGGUUAGUAUGGAGGAUGCCCUGCACAAGGCCAAGCAGGACAUGGCCUGCCAACUGCGGGAGUACCAGGAGCUGAUGAAUGUCAAGCUGGCCCUGGAUAUUGAGAUCACCACCUACAGGAAGCUGCUGGAAGGAGAGGAAUGCUGGAUGAAUGAAGGAGAGUGUGCAGUGAACCUCUGCAUCCGGAGAAGCGAGGGGGCUAUAGUGUGUGAUGGUGCCUCCCGCCAUGGCCCAGCAUACCCUUCGUCACGUGGAAGCAGCCACAGAGGUGUAGGGAUCGGCGGCCACUCUGGCGCUACUUGUGGCGGCAGCCCUGCCACAACAAGCGCCCAUACCAACUGCAGAGAUGCCAGCAGCUCCCCUCACCCAGACGACCAUGGCACUCCACAUAGCUUCAGUGGUGGAAGUGCUCAUACCACCACACUGCGCUUUGUGUCCUCUGUCUACUCGUCCGGGCCUCCGUGA